UACUACUUGGAGAAGCGGUGCUUAUGAACACGCGGAAGGAGCUGGGUAUUUUAUUUUUGUAAACUUCCGGAUUAAUCGGCGUCCCCCUAGUCCCAGUACACCCUUUGAAAUGCUGGUUGGGCAAAUAUAGGAUCAUGAAUUGUACUGAAGGGGCAUGAAACAGAAGAUACAAUGUCAUCAUCUGCAUCCGAAUAUGUUAUUGGUGGGGUGAAGAUCCACUUCCCCUGCAAGGCUUAUCCAUCACAGCUUGCUAUGAUGAAUUCAAUUGUUCGUGGAUUAAACUGUCAGCAACACUGUUUGCUGGAGAGCCCCACUGGAAGUGGAAAAAGCUUAGCCCUGCUUUGUUCUGCACUAGCUUGGCAGCAGUCUCACCGUGAGAAACUAAUUUAUCAGAAUUCCAGUGAAGAUAUUUAUAAGGACCCAGAGCAGUUUCCAUGUCGGUGUUCUUGUCAUUCAGCUCAAAGUUCUCUUGGUACUGCUGCAGAAAGAAUCCACAACAGCCCACCUUCUAUGUCUGGAAUAAAAUAUUCUCCCAGCAUGGGUACUAAGCUUUUACCAGCUGCAACCAAAGCAGAUGACUUCCAGUACAGGAAUACACUGUCUUCCAAAUUGGCAAAGUUAAAGGCAUUUGUGCAAGGUGAUAAUGAUGGCGACUUUCAGAAGGACAAGAAACGCAUUCGUCUGACAGAACAGCAACAGAGUAACAAACGUCGAUGCUUUGAGAGGGGUGUAUGCUUUGAAGAUCCAGAAGAAAAGCCUGCAGUGGAACACUCAGAGUUGAAGGUUCAACUUAAUUCCCAGACAAGAAAUGCUUCUAGCUGCUCACCUCAUACAACUGUUAUCCCUUGUGCUAUUUGUUGCUGUGCUGAUUCAAAGCUGAAAGGAAAAGAGACUGAAUGUGCAAAGGAGAAUGAAAAUGGAGGAAGGCAACGAGUGCCCAAAAUUUAUUUUGGAACACGUACACAUAAGCAGAUAACACAGAUUACUAAGGAGAUGAGAAGAACAGCGUAUUCUUCUGUGCCAAUGAGUAUUAUGUCCAGUAGGGAACACACCUGUAUCCGUCCAGAAGUGUCAAGUAGUGUCAAGAGGAAUGAAAAAUGCAAAGAGCUGCUAAAAGCCACCAAAGAUGGUCAAGGCUGUAUUUACUUUGUUCAGAGACUGCGUGACCAGCGAGCCCUUCAAAGGGUGCAUGGGCUGUACCAAGCCUGGGACAUUGAAGAAUUUGUUAAACUUGGAAAAAAGAUACACUCAUGCCCGUACUUUAGUUCUUUGGAGUUAAUGGCAUUUGCUGACAUCAUAUUUUGUCCGUAUAACUACCUUCUGGAUCCACAGAUCAGACGUUGCAUGGAUGUCGAUUUGAAAAACCAGGUGGUUAUCUUGGAUGAAGCUCAUAACAUUGAAGACUGUGCACGGGAGUCAGCAAGCUGCAGUCUUUCUGAAGCUCAAUUAUCACUUGCCCAUGAAGAAAUGGACAGCAUGGUCACCUACGAUAUCAGACGCAACGAGCAUGAAUCAUUACGUGCGGUCUGCUACAGUCUAGUCAACUGGAUCAGGGAAAGCUCAGGUAGCUUGGUGGAAAGAGAAUAUGAAACAUCCUGCAGGGUUUGGAGUGGCAAAGAAAUGCUAGCAGUUUUUCACAGUAUGGGAAUUACAAAUGAUACCUUUCCCCUGUUAAAGAAACAUCUUAAUGCUAUUACUGAAAAGGAAGAAAAGGUGGUUUUGAAAAAUGGCAAAGAAGAAACAGUAGUGGUUCCCACUAUAAGUCCCCAGUCACAAAUGGUUCUUGGUGGGCUUUUUGUGGUUUUGGAUUAUCUGUUCAGAGACAACAGCAGAUUUGCAGAUGAUUACAGGAUAGUGCUACAACAGACCUACACCUGGACUCAAGGGGAGGAUUUACCGGAUGAAAAAUUUUUUUUUGUUCGACCAAAGAAUAGGAAAAGCAUCCGACAAAAGACAGCAGUAGUUAUGUUAAACUUCUGGUGCCUAAACCCUGCCGUGGCAUUUUCAGACUUGACUGAUUGUGUUCGAUCAAUAAUUUUGACAUCUGGUACUUUGUCCCCUAUGGGAUCUUUUUCUUCUGAACUUGGUGUGAAGUUUACUAUCCAGCUGGAAGCAAAUCAUGUUAUUAAUAAAUCUCAGGUCUGGGUUGGAACAAUCGGGGCUGGUCCCAGUGGUCGGAAACUGUGUGCCACCUUUCAGCAUGCAGAAACAUUUGACUUCCAGGAUGAAGUAGGAGCACUGCUCUUAUCCAUCUGUGAGGCUAUUAAUCAUGGAGUUCUUUGUUUUCUGCCAUCAUAUAAGAUGUUGGAUAAACUGAAGAACCGUUGGAUGCACACUGGUUUAUGGGAAAAGCUGGAGGAAAGAAAAACUGUUAUUGUAGAACCAAAAGGAGGCGAGAAAGCUGACUUUGACGCAUUGCUGCAGCUGUACUAUGACGUAAUAAAGUCCAAGAAAGAUGGAGUAGGUGGAGCUGUUCUUAUUGCUGUGUGCCGGGGUAAAGUGAGUGAGGGUUUGGAUUUCUCAGAUGACAAUGCACGUGCUGUUGUUACCAUAGGAAUCCCUUUUCCAAAUAUUAAGGAUCUUCAGGUGGAGUUGAAACGAAAAUAUAAUGAUCAACAUUCCAAGUCCAGGGGCCUUCUUCCAGGUAACCAGUGGUAUGAGAUUCAGGCCUUCAGAGCACUUAACCAAGCCUUGGGGAGGUGCAUUCGACAUAAAAAUGAUUGGGGAGCACUCAUUUUAGUUGAUGAUCGUUUUAGGAAUAACCCAAACAAAUAUAUAACUGGAUUGUCAAAAUGGGUUCGUCAACAAGUGCAGCAUCAUGUAAGCUUCAACAGUGCAUUAGAGUCCUUAACCGUGUUUGCAAAGAAACAGCAAGAAAACAGUGGUUCUUUGUUGCACUCACACAGCCUUUCUGACUGUGGUCAGUUGGAUGAAUCUACUUCUGAUCUACUCGAGACGAGUAUUUAUGAAGUACCAGAGGAACUGAAGUCUGCAGAUCUGACUCUGGAACACAACAUUCAAAAGAAGUCUCCUUUUAAGCAUAUUACAGCAAAGACCUGUACAGCAAGCACUAAGAAUUGUGUCACAACCAGAAAGAGUGAUGAAACACGAACAGAUGCAGCAGUAGGAAGAAAUGUUACAAGGCGUCAAGGAAAAGAUGAGAUCACAACAGGAGCAAGAGUUUCCAGGGGGAAGCAUGAAAAAACAAAACAUAAAAAUAGGACUAACACUGGUUCCAUCAACAAAUUCCUCAGCAGUAGUCCGAUUACCUCAACACCUUUACCCUCUUUUGCAAGGAAACAGCAGUUUGUAACCAGUAAUCCUAAUGAGGCAUGUAAGGAUACCAGCCUGAUACAGUCUAUCCCAGACAGCCAUUUGGAUUCCUUACUGAUGAAACACCGAUUAAAAGCCGAAUGUUCAGUCGAAGCUGGAAAUUUAACGAUAAACAAUAUCAGCACUGCUAGGGUUUCACCUAUAAAAGACAGUAACAUACAGAUCAUCAAUACUGACAUGGAUGGUCAAUUCAGGAGUUCUGUUGUGGAUAUAGACAUUUCUCCAGUCAAGGUAGCUGCAACUGAUGAGGAUGGACUUGGACAAAAAAUACUGAAUAAUUCUGUUACAGAAGAAGAGGAGGAUGACACAAUAUUCUUUACACCAGAACUCUUUGGUAGAGAUGAAGAUAAUGACAAUGAAGCACAAUGGAGAGAGGAUUUAUGUGUUCCAGUGUGUGAUAAAAUUGGUUUCAGUGUUCAAGACUCUGAAGGAAUUCAUAUGUAUUCCAGUGACUUGGUUUUGAACAGCGCAGAGGCAGUUCUAACUCACCACACAACAGGCAUUCCUGAUAUUGUUAGCUCUAAAAACACAGAAUGUGCCACAGUGUCUGAUGCACUACACAGUGAUACUUUUGAACAUGACACAGCAGAUAAUGAGGGGAGGCAUAUCAAAAUGCAGAUAGCUGGAGAACAAGAAGCAGUGGACAGUAGCAAAAGAAAGACCAGGCACAAUAAGUUGUCAAGGUCUAGGAACAGAGGUGUCUCUUUCUUAUAUGUGUCCAAAGAUGGUCCCACUAGUUCAGAAAAUAAUUAAGGUAUAAUGUACACAAUAAGAAAAAAAAAUGUUAACAGUUUUAUAUUAAUAAAGGCGAGGACUUGUAAGUACAUCCUUGCUAGUGUACAUGCAGAAUUCAUUGUAGUAUAAUGUAAUUGCGCAAAUAUAUAUUGUUUUGCAAUUUUUCACCUUUUUAAUUAUGUGGAUUAAAUCAUGUGGUACGUUCC